AUGUCGCCGACUCUGUCGUUCGUCGUGGUGUCUCUGCUGGCGGUCACCGGCUGCCGCGGCUCUUUCGUGCCGUGCGAGCCGUGCGACCAGAAGGCCCUGUCCAUGUGCCCGCCGGUGCCGGUGGGCUGUCAGCUGGUCAAGGAGCCCGGCUGCGGCUGCUGUCUGACGUGCGCGCUCGACGAGGGCCAGUCCUGCGGCGUGUACACGGGGCCGUGCACCCGAGGGCUCCGCUGCCUGCCGAAGAACGGCGAGGAGAAGCCGCUGCAUGCCCUCCUGCACGGCAGAGGCGUGUGCAGGAACGAGAAGCUGUACAAGCUGCUGCAUCCGUCCAAGGAUGGCGAUUCUGCAGGUGAUACCAUGUUACCCGUCCCAGAGCCGAUGCUGCCCCAGACCAAGGUGCCUAUAUAUGGAAGAGACCACAUAAGCAGCCUGAAGGCCCAGGCCAUGAGGCAUGCCGAGGACCGCAAGAAGCAGCUGGCCAGACUGGGACAGACCAGCACUCUGGAUUACACACCUCUCAAUGUGGAUAAGAUGCAGCCCAAGUUUGGACCCUGCAGAAGGAGAUUGGAUAGUCUCAUUCAGAGCAUGAAGGACACCUCCAGGGUCUUGGCUCUUUCUCUUUAUAUCCCUAACUGUGACAAGAAAGGAUUCUUCAAACGCAAGCAGUGUAAGCCAUCGCGUGGACGGAAGAGGGGGAUCUGUUGGUGCGUCAACCGCUUCGGGGUUAAACUGCUGGGCAUCGACUACAGUGGCGGAGACCUCCAGUGCAAAGAUCAGGACAUUAGCAGCAGCAGCACUCUGCAAAACUCUGCAACGUCUCCAUGA